GGCUGGGCAUGCGCACUAAGAGGAAUGGUUUUUGUCCGUUGAGCGUUCAAUCCACUGUUCUUUUCACGCCGAGACGCAGAGCGCAAUAUUUAUAAUAGUCUAUAAUAAAACACAAAAAGACAGCACAUCUCCAAAAACAUAGAAUUGUAUUUGCCCACACAGGCCUAUUGAUAUCAUGCUAUUAAUGGAGGGUUUAAAUGGGGGUUUACAAUAACAUUGCCCCUCGAGCCUAUUUAAAGUAUACAUGCCUAAACUGAAGAGAAAGAUAAAUGACCUAAUGUUUUUCCUUUUAUAUCAUAAUAAAUAAGAUUAUAUAGACAGAUUCUAGAUCAGAACUUAUAACUCUGAGAUGCUUUGUGGAUACGGGCCCCGAUUCUAGAUCAGAACUCAUAACUCUGAGAUGCUUUGUGGAUACUCCCAGAUAUACUAUGAAAAACAUAUGCGAGAAAGACUAUAUAGGCUUAUGUCCAUAGAAUGAAUAGUAAUCUUUUGUCAUAACCAGCUUGCUCUUCGUUUUCAGAAAGCAGAAUGUAUAGGUUUGUCAAAUUAAAACCCUUAACCCUAAUCUAUAGCCUAACUGAUUGAUUGGAAUGAAUAUAUUUCAUAUGGAAAGUGAACGUAGCUGAAGGCUGAUAAAACCAGGGGACAUUUGAAAGAGCUAUUGAUGAGAAAGGUGCUACUGGGAACCUUUGCUCACUGGUCGUUCUAAACACACGUCAUCCAGUCAUUGGCUUGGGCAUCUCAUUAACAAGUGAAUGGAUGAUGACCUGCCUUGCCACAAGCCUUGAAGACGCAUGUCAAUUUCCUUUAAUGUUCGCGGCUACAUGUUAAAUAUGCGUGGUGCGGGAGGGGUAUAAAAAGCCAAGUUUAUCUCAACCCACAGAGGAAUCUGUCAUCCAAUUUGACCAGCAUGCGUUCAUUAGGCGUUCUAGGUGUAGCACUACAUGCCUCUCUGCUCAUACUGCUUACUCAAGGAAUUCACCAAUCUAGAGAUGGAGUUUAUCACGGGACAUCACGACGCUUUGCUAUAGACCACCGUCCACCUGGAUACCAUCACCUGGCACCGAAGUAUAUGAUGCACCUUUACCGGAAUUACAAGUCAAAUCUCACUCGGCCUAUAGACGUAAUGGAGAAGAGCAUCGCAAAACAAGCAGACACAGUCAAGAGUGUGAUGGCAAAAAGUUUAUUUCACAGAUCCCGACGCUGGACUGCAACCUUUGACCUGACCACGUUAUUGGCCGACGACCGGAUCCAAGCAGCGGAGCUCAGGUUCAGGUUUCCCCGGGCGACGAGGGCUUCCAACAUUACCGUGGAGAUCUACCAUCACCACGACUACCCGUGCAGGCAGACACAGGAGAUCUGCCAGGAACACCAGCUGGUGGGAUAUCUCUCUGUCUCCUCUGUGAUUAACUCCUCUCAGCACUGGAAGGUGUACAACCUCACUGAUCCGCUGUUGAACUGGCUCGGCCAGGAACAGGUUUCCAGGAGCUCAAAAAAGAGGAGAUCACCAAACAAGACAAAGAGAGAUGUGUUCUUCCCCAACCCUGUCCAGUUGGCUGGGUCUAAAACACAGCAGAACCCUGUCCAGUUGGCUGGGUCUAAAACACAGCAGAACCCUGUCCAGUUGGCUGGGUCUAAAACACAGCAGAACCCUGUCCAGUUGGCUGGGUCUAAAACACGGCAGAACCCUGUCCAGUUGGCUGGGUCAAAAACACGGCAGAGUCCGUGUGUGAGCGACAGAGCCUUGCUGGUUGUAUUCUCUCAUACAGGGUCAGAGGAGGGCUCCCAGGCCAAGGCUAGCCUCCUCCACACGGCUGAACAGUCCAAGUUCCUGUCCACCACCGAGCCCAAGAAGAUCCGCAGGCCGAAGAGACACAAGAAAAAAAGGGGCCACUCAGGCCAGAGGGAUCCACCGGACAUGAGAGGUCCAGAGGUGUCCAGCGGAAACAAUGAGAUUGACCUGUCUCUCUGUCGAAGAGUUGAUAUGCAUGUAGACUUCAAUCAGAUAGGCUGGGGGUCCUGGAUCGUCUUCCCAAAGAAGUAUAAUGCCUAUCGAUGUGAGGGGAUCUGUCCAAGUCCUUUGGGAGAAGACUUGAACCCAACAAAUCAUGCUUACAUGCAGAGUCUCCUAAAACACUACCACCCUGAGCGGGUUCCCUCGGUGUGCUGCGCCCCCACCAAGAUGAGUCCUCUAAGCAUGCUGUAUUAUGAGAAUGGAGAAAUGCUGCUUCGCCAUCACGAAGAUAUGGUUGUGGAUGAAUGUGGCUGCCUGUAGCCUCUGUCACAGGAUUUAACCUGACCUUCAGUAAAGAAACGACCGGAGCAAAGCCUUGGGCCGUCUUCUCACAACUGCUUGAGAAUGAGACUAGGCUACCACUCAUCUCCUUUGGAAACACACAACAGAGGGUUCCGGAAACUUUAGAGUGGAAUUUCACUGACAGAACUAUUAUCCAAGAGUCUGUAUCAGAUGGUUGAAAACAAUAAGAAAACACUUUGUUAGUUCUUUGAUUAUUGUGACUGUGCACUCCUCAAGCAGUAUGGCAGAUGUCCUGUAUGUUUAGAAAGCCUAGAUAUAUACAGUAUGGAUUUUCUCUCAGAAUGUGACUGAUUUUAUGUUACUGAUUUUAGGAAUCAGUAAGCGGACCUGCCAUUUCAUUAUAAGUCAUAGGAAAUGGUGUUGUUCACCAUUUAAGCACUGUUUAUACUAUAGUAUACACCUACUGGGUGUAACGGAACAUGGACAUUAUAUUUAUUGUAAAUAAUAAUAAAAUAAAGCUUGGGUAUUUAUGU